CUUAAAAAGCUUAAAAAUAAGCUAAAAGUUAAAUAAGACGUAUGGGCUGCUUAACUUAAAACGAAUACAAGUAAAAACCAGCAUAAACAAAACAUAGUAAAACGAAAUGAAAGCACAAUUGAUUGUGCUUACGAAGAAUUAAGUUGCUAUUUAUUUAUAAAACAGUAUCCAAAUAUUGGACACUGUAAAUAAGAAUAAUAAUUGCAAUGGCAGAUAAUUACGGUUCAAGUAAGGAUAACGACAGCACAGGUACGUAUAUAACAGCACCAAUUGAACAUCCACAAAUAAGGAUCAAUAAAUGGCGGGUACGUGAGGGUUUCCCGGUUACCGCAAACCAAGUUAUACUAUUAUAUCAAAUUGUGAAUAAUGAGAGCGAAGUGGAUAAAGUGAUACAGAAAUUGAAGGCAGUUAGGGUGGGCACAGUUAAGAGAUGUUUAUUUAAAGAAGGUGAUAUUGUUAAAAGUGGGGAAUCGAUUAUGGAAUUAUCAGAGUGCCUCCACAAUACUGUUAUAAAAGAUAUGUGUGCUGAUUGUGGCGCUGAUUUGCGCCAAAAUGAACAUAGUAAAACAAUAGAGGCUUCUGUGCCCAUGAUUCAUUCCGUUCCCGAUUUGAAAGUUACGCAAAAACUAGCACAAAAAAUUGGUCACGAUGACACGCGUCGCUUAUUAGAGGAUCACAAACUGGUUCUUCUGGUAGAUUUAGAUCAAACUGUCAUACAUACAACCAAUGAUAACGUACCGAACUAUAUCAAAGGCAUAUAUCACUUCCAACUAUAUGGUCCACAUUCACCUUGGUAUCAUACACGCUUGCGUCCAGGUACAAAACAGUUCCUGGAGAACAUAUCCGAAUUCUACGAACUUCACAUUUGCACCUUCGGUGCAAGGAAUUACGCACAUAUGAUUGCUCAACUUUUGGAUCCGGAUGGAAAGUUUUUUUCACAUCGCAUACUCUCACGAGACGAAUGCUUCAAUGCAACUAGUAAGACGGAUAAUUUAAAAGCUUUAUUUCCAAAUGGCGAUUCAAUGGUUUGCAUAAUUGAUGAUCGUGAGGAUGUGUGGAAUAUGGCUUCCAAUUUAAUUCAGGUCAAGCCAUAUCAUUUUUUUCAACAUACUGGUGACAUUAAUGCUCCACCCGGUUUAUCGAAAACAGAAUUGGAUGGAGAGGGUGUCGAUUUUAAAGACUUAGAUGAGGAUAAUGAAGCAAAAGAGGUAUCAAAAAACGAAACUACAGAUACAGACAAUAAUCAAAACGAAAAUGCUGCAGAAGAUGAAAAAGAAAAACCUAUUGAAACUUCGGUUGAUACGAAAGAAAAUACUGAAACUCCAGAGGAGAGCGUCAACGAAAAUAAUAUCAAAAAAGAUGACGAAGAAGAUAAUACCAAUAAUACAGUUCAACCAACAGAAAAUGAUUUAAACAAAAGUGAAGAAAAAAUUGAAGAGGAAAAUGAGGCAGAUGAUAAGCCCAGCACCUCUGUAGCAUCACCGAAAAUAAAAAUGAAUACAGAAGCAAAUAAACAAAUAGAAAUUGAAGAUCCGGAUGAUUACCUUUUGUAUUUAGAGACAAUCCUCAAACACAUACAUUCUAGAUUUUAUUCUAUUUAUGAUGAAACUAAUGAUAUACCUGAUUUAAAAAUUAUUGUCCCAAAAAUACGUUCGGAAGUAUUACGAGGUUUUAAUUUGGUAUUUUCCGGCUUAGUACCUACAAAUAUGAAACUAGAACAAUCGCGUGCAUAUUUCAUUGCUAAAAGCUUAGGAGCAAAUGUAUCACAAAAUAUUGAUCCAGAUUCAACUCAUUUAGUUGCUGUUACGUCUGGAACUUACAAAGUGAAUGCAGCUAAAAAGAAUCCUGAAAUCAAAAUUGUCAAUGCUAAUUGGCUUUGGUGCUGUUCUGAACGCUGGGAAAAAGUUGAUGAAAGACUGUAUCCUCUUGAUCGUAAAACCAAAAGUAAGCAACGUCAGCCUCCUGCACAUUGCCAUAGUCCCGAGCAUGUAGUAAAUUAUAGUGAGAAAUCGGAAAUUUCUACUUCAAGUAAUGCGCAACUAUAUGCCACCUUCCACGAAGAAAAAUUUGUAAAUACAAUAAAUCCGUUGUUAUCGUUUUCAAAUGCUGAUUUAGUUGAAAUGAAUAAUGAAUUUGCGCAAUUUUUUGAGAGUGAUUCCUCUAGUGAAGAUGAACAUAUCAAUUUCGAAAAUCCACCUGUUGAUAAGUCACUUCUCAAACGUAAAAGAGAAGAGAGUGUGCAGGAUCGAGCUCGCAGUUUCUUCACACGAACAGCAGAAGAGCUAAUGAUAGAUUCCACAACAGUUGAUACAACAAAAGAAGGUUCAAGUGAAGAGGAAGACGAUGACGAUGAAACGCCAGGCGCAAAGUUUAGAAGAGGUGAAGACUUACCAUCAGACAUAGAUAUAGGAUCAGAUUCAAAUCAAAGUAACGAUGAGGACGACGGAAGUUGGCAUAUGAUAGGAGCAGCCUUAGAACGAGAGUUUCUAGGACUUGAUAAUUAAAUUAUCAAUAUUAGUUUUAAUCAAUUUCAUGUAUUGCAACUUCCCACUAAAACCCGCAAAUAAUAUUAAUUUAGUAUUUUUUA